UGUUAGGAGAUAGAAGUGUCAGCGAGCGGAGACCAGCCGCCAUACGGACGUCAGUGACAGGGUGGCGGUGCUGUGAAGAUGGCGGAGGCAGCAGCGACACCACAACACCGGUUCUUCUGCCACUGCUGUAAAUCUGAAACAGAACCAAAACUCCCGGAUUUAACAUGUCCCCGGUGUGAAUCUGGCUUCGUGGAGGAGGUGGACGAAGACUCAAGCCUCCUGACGCAGAGUACGACAGAGGCCACUGAAGAUGCUAACCCCCUCUUGACAGAACUGCUGUUGAGGCAGCAUAUUUCGCUCCUGGCAGAUCCCGUUGUGGCCGACACAGGCCCAGGCCACAGAGUCACCGCUGAUGAGCGGGUGGGGGGAUCCGAGGUCUCUUCUCUCUCCCAGGAGGCGUCUACAGCGGCAACAGAUAGCAGGCAAACUGAACCGACCUCCCACCAACCUGGGCUGGAGAGGAGGUCAUCUCAACCAGACCACAUGCCUGCAGUUGAGUGGAUUGUGCAGCAGUUCUUGGCUAAUUUGUUCGCUAGCAAUGGAAACCAAGGUUCAGCUUCGGCGUCCCUCUCUUCUAUGCUCCAAUUGCACUCUAACCCAGGAGACUAUGCUUGGGGUCAGGGAGGUCUAGAUUCUGUUAUCACUGAGCUGUUGGGUCAGUUGGAGGGCACCGGUCCCCCUCCCGCAGAAAAGGACAUGAUCUCAUCGUUGCCAACCGUCAGCGUCUCUCAGGAACAAACAGCAUGCCGGUUGGAGUGUCCAGUGUGCUGUGAGCGCUAUUCUUUAGGAGAAUAUGUCAGGCAACUUCCCUGUUUACAUUAUUUCCACAGUGACUGUAUAGUACCUUGGCUUGAGCUGCAUGACACGUGUCCGGUAUGCCGUAAAAGUCUGGACGGAGUGGACAACAGCUUGCCCCAGACGUCAGAGGCCACAGACCCCCCCUCUAUCAGACCCGAGCCCUCGGAGAGGCAGACCAUCUGAACCACGCAGCCCUGGUUGAAAGCCACGCACGCGCAUUGCGGUUUUUCAAGAGACACGGCCAUUUGUCACAACGCCUCCGUCAACCUUUUCACUGAAGUAUUAACAUCGAUCAACCUGUGUUGCUAUAAGAACGAGCCUCUCUAAACUCGCAGAGACAUUUCAGUCAUGUAUUCAUGUUUACAAGAAGCUCUGUCUUUUAUUUUAAUAAAAGCCACGCUGCCUCCUACCCCUUGCUAUCUAUGUGGCGGAAGAGUACACAGCAAAACAUUGCUUGGUGAAAAGAUGUUGUGGAUGUGUCGGUCCUUGUUUCACUGGGGUGUACCGUUUGGCUUACAUGGAUGAUUCAGAUGCUCAGACGCGAGGAACUAAGCACCGCUAAAUCACCAGUGACUGCCAAGAGUGAUGGGGAAUUUACUGAGUUAUGAAGUAGCCGUUUUGUACCAAGGCUCUGGGUAAGAGUGUUUUCCCAGCAGUUCAGUCGUAAAACUAAUUUGACCUACCUUGGGGUCAGUGUUGUCUCCUUUACCUAAAACUUCCAUUAAAUCCUAACUGUGA